AAUAACAGGGCCCCUAUCCCUAAAAAUAUUACAGGAUAAUUUAUCAAAUAUCUGCAGUAUACAAGCAGUAAGAAUAAAAUGAACAUUGGACGGGUGGAGAGUAAAUAUAAAGAACACAGGCAGACAGCAGUUGUGUGUGACUCCAAGAGUGAAUGUUGUCUUAUAUUCGGGUACAUAUUUUCAGUUGCCCCCUUCAGUGAAAGUCUGCUUUCUUCCAACGGUGGAUUCAAGCACGAAAGUAAUGAAGUUUACUCUCCAGCCCACCGAGACAUUGAAAUAGCAAUGCAUCAAGGUCAUAUGACGGUGCAGCCAUACGGACACGAAAAGAGCGGGAUAGAAGUUACUGGGGGACUGGAGUCAAUCACUGCUGCUUGGGAUACCCUGGAUGAAGCAAACUGGGAAGUCAGGUCCGGGGGUUACAGGAACUUCACAGUCGGAGACAAGGAACCCUUUCUGAUGGUCGAACAAAAUGUCACGUGUGCUGCCGGCCGUGUUCCUGGGGGAUUAUUCUGCUGUAAGUGUUCACAGACAGGCAGAAUUAAACACAGGGAGGUUCACAAACCAGACACCUGUCUAUUGCCCUAGAGCAAGGACUGUAAUUUGUAAGUGAACUGUGUUUGGAAUAAUAUCACGACCGGUUUUAAGCGGAAGAAAAGCGGGAAAAAAGAUAUAGGUCUGACAUAGCAAUAAUCAUAUUCAACUAUCAUGCUAUGAUCCCAUUAAUGUGUUCAAACAGUUCUUCUCGA